CCCCCCCCCAUCAUAUGCUCUUCUACUCUUCUACUCUUCUGCCCUUCUUCUUCCCCCUUUCUUUCUUUCCCGUCCCCGUGCCUCCCUUCCCUUCCCUUCCCUUCCAUCUGCUGGGAGCCUGACCCACGAGGACGGCGCUGUGCCUGCUGACCUGCAAGGUGUCUGGUGAUUCCAAGCUGUGGCCAAAUCACCACUCUCCAAAAGAAAUUACACAGACAGUUGGCAUCACUGCAGGACCGCUUUCUCGCGUCACAUUUGUGGAUCUCGAGCUGAUCAGAGCUCUUCUAUUUGGCACGCCGAUCAACUGGACGACGACAACUCGGCGAACACUCUGCAACCCGGCCGCCAAUAGUGCAUGAUCUGGGGGUAAAAGCUCUGCACUUCUCUGCAAUUCUCCCAGAUCCUACUCUUCCUCUUCCUCUCCUACUCCGUCGGUUCAUUCAUCAUGGAUACCCCAAGCACGAGCACGAGCACGAGCCAAAGCGUGCAGGCAACGGAGAGGCACGAAGCUCCCCCAGAGGUCGGUAAAGGAAGUUCAAGCGCAAGAGUAGAGACGAAGCAGCGAUCACCUGAGAAAUUACCCAAAUCAAAGAGCAAGACGCCCAAGUCGAAAGAAAUGGGCGGCAAGUCAAAGUCGAAGGCAGCGAAAGAGGCUGUCGGUAGCGAUACUGAGAAAUCAGAAGGCUUGGACGACUCGGACAGCGACGAUUCAACCUCAAGCGAAUCAGAAGAAGACUCCGAGACGGACACAGAAACGGAGAGGAAGAAGAAGCGGAAGGCGAAAAAGAAGGCCAAGCAGAAGGCCAAAGAGAAGCGUAAUGCCAAGUCAAAGCGGAAGGCUAAGAAGGAGGUUUCCUCCGACUCCGAUUCAGAUUCCUCAUCGGAUUCGGAUUCAACGUCAGAAGCAGAGACUCAAUCGGAGGUCGAAGAAGAAUUGGACCCUCUGGAUGACUUGGACGAGACUGCCGAGCUCCAACAGCUCCUACAGAUGCAACAGCGAAUACAACAACUCCAGGCCGGUAGGCCAUCGUGGCGUCAGCCUCCUAUGCCAACUCGAUCACGACGCGAUUUAGGCAGACAGGCACCGCGCAGUGGUAGGCAUCGCGCUUCUGCGAAACUCGAUUCUCAUGGCUCAAAGAAGAGCAAGAAAGAUACAAAGAAGAAGAAGAAGAAGCGGGGGAGCAAGCUCGAGUACAAGAGAGUCGAUCAGCUAUGGGACAACACGAUCCAUAACUACAAGCUCUCGGACACCGCAGAGGAUGAAGAGAGCUCCGAAUAUGACCAGUAUUUGUUCAAUGUUCGGAGAACAUUCGACUGGGAGGGGAAGUACAAGACAACGGUUGUUGAUAUCAAGAGCAAGUUGCUCAAGGAUGCUUUGAAUGAGGUAAUGGAUGGGGUUAAGGGCGUCAGCUUGGUCGAAGAGACCCCAGUCGUUGACCCCAACUUACUUUUUCUCUACCUCGAGGAUCUUCGAAAAUGUUGCAAGGAGCUGAAGAACAAGAAGGUCACGGUCAAGAAGGGGAAGCGGAAAGCCAAGAAGCGGAACGAGACCAAGCGAAAGCAUCUCAAGGUCCUAUUGAAAUAUCUCGACAAGGACUACGCCUCAACCAAGAAAACCCUAUAUCCCAUGCUCGAAUCUGGCAUCAUCACGUUUGAUCUCCUAUGGGCACUUUACAAGCCAAACACACUUGCCUACACCACUACUUAUGGUUCCUACAACGAACCACGAGCAUUUAAAAUCGAGUUGGCCGACAAGGAAUUUAGUUUCAUGAAGGGAGAGUGGUACAAUAUUGAGGGAAGAUAUCUAGAGUACGACGGAAAAGUUUGGGGAAUGGGAACCAUGGAUUGCGACGUCCCUGCUUUCAAGGGGGCAAGAAAAAUCACUAGUCUGAACUGCUACCCUCUGAAAUACCACAAGAACGAGGCGAAGAUCCGAGCUGAGUUGAUCGACCGUGGUAAAAAGUUCGUUUCUCUGCAGGGUGUGAACUAUAGAAGCCACGAGGGAUUAGCCUAUUACAAGAAGAACAGGCAGAUCAUCAAGGUCAACAUCAAUGGCAGGAUUAUGAUUGAUCCGGCCAUUCAUCGUCGGAUCUUGCCAAAUUACAAUGUCAGCACGGUCAAGCCACAAGAUCCGGAUUUGCUUGAUUCUGAUUCAGAUGAUGAGGGUGGUUGUGGCUGCGGAGACAGUUCCGAUGAUGACCAAGACCGGCCUAUAGAGGAGAGAAGGGGGAAAGACAAGGGGGAUGACCAGCCCAAGAUGAAGAUGAAGAUCGUUAUGGAUGAAAAAGAGGAAGCUCACAUCAUCCAAGUCCCGGUCGAUGCAGAUGGCCAGGAGAUCGUCGUCGAGAAGCUCGAGGAGGUCCCGAGCAAGAUAGCCAAUGAUGAUGGUGACGCCGUCGUUGACGAAGAUGACAAGAAGGAAGUCCCAGUCUUCACAGACGAGGAAUACUUGAUUGCAUCUCCAGUCGUUCUCGGCUUCGCCUUCGCCGAGAAGCUCUGGCUCGAAUUCACCGUUUCAGGAGUCAAGGACAUUGUCUGGAACGAAGGAGCCUACGACUCCUUGGUCCUUGAAGACAACACCAAAGCCAUCGUCAAAGCUCUUGUCGAAUCUCACAAAUACCAUCCCGCCGAAAGCAUCGAUGACGUUAUCCAAGGCAAAGGCAAAGGACUUGUUGCCGUUCUCCACGGUCCCCCGGGAACAGGAAAAACGCUCACCGCAGAAGGUAUUUCGGAGUUGCUGAAAUGCCCACUCUACAUGGUCAGCGCGGGCGAGCUGGGCACCGAUCCACGCUCUCUCGAAUCCGAACUCCAGAAGAUCCUCGACAUCGCGCACGCCUGGGGCGCCCUACUCCUCCUCGACGAAGCGGAUGUCUUCCUAGAGAAGCGCACGAUCCAAGAUAUCCACCGUAAUGCCCUAGUGUCUAUCUUCCUCCGCAUGCUGGAGUACUUCCAAGGCAUCCUCUUCCUGACCACCAACCGCGUCGAGACCUUCGACGACGCCUUCCAAUCCCGCAUCCAUAUCGCGUUGCGCUACGGCGAGCUGAGCCCCAAAGCCAAGAAGAGCGUCUUCAAGAUGUUCAUCGAACGCGUGCGGGUCUUGGAGGGUGUCGAUACCAUGCCCUUCACCGAGGAAGAUUACAAUACCCUCGCACGCCACAAUCUAAACGGUCGACAGAUCAAAAACACCAUCCGCACCGCCCAAGCGCUCGCCGUCAACAACCACGAACCUCUGAGCAUGAGCCACAUCAAGCGCGUCCUCGACGUCUCCAACGCUUUCGAUCGUGACCUUAAAGGCGGUCCCGGCUUUGACGAUGCUAUGAGGAGUUAUUUCUAAUGCCGGGUCAAAAUUUGGGGUUUCCUUUCUCUUCCUCUCUCUCUGAUUCUAACUCGGGUAUUCAUUCAUGUAAGCAAGAAAGCAUGUAAGCAAGGGAAACAGGGUCUGGAGAUGGCGUAUUGCCUAUUUCAUUUUAUUUAUCUAAUUCAUAUUCAUAAUGCGAUGCUGCUAUGUUAGUUAACUGAGCGAUGGAGUGACCGAGCGAGCGAGAGAAAGGGGGUUUGUAGGGGUUGAGCUUUAUCAUACGUGAUUUAGGCAUUUAACUUCUUGACUUUUUUAUUUCAAGGACUAUUCAUUCAUUGAUUGAUUGAUGGGUGAAAAUAACUAGUUAGCUAGUUAGCUGGCAGGGUAGGGAAAUGAAAAUGAAAAUGGAAAUGGAAAUGGAAAAGCAAAAUUCAGACACGAUUCGUUUAAGAAUUCCC